AUGAAGGGGAUCGACCCCGCAGUUACCUCCCAUGAACUGCACGUCGACCCGACGUACAAACCCAUCCGACAGAAGCGACGAAAACUCGGUCCAGAACGAUCUAAAGCCGUAAACGAAGAAGUCGACAGGCUCCUCGACGCGGGUUUCAUAACCGAAGUCCGAUACCCCGAAUGGUUGGCUAACCCGGUUGUCGUCAAAAAGAAAAACGGAAUCGAGGCUAACCCCAAGCAGAUCUCGGCGAUCCUCGACCUUCCAAGCCCAAAGAACAGCCGCGAAGUACAACGACUAACCGGACGCAUAGCAGCUCUCAACAGGUUCAUCUCGCGAUCAACCGAUAAGUGUCUUCCCUUCUACGAGCUACUAAGGGGCAAUAAGAGGUUCGUCUGGGACGAAAAGUGCGAGGAGGCGUUCAAUCAACUCAAGCACUACCUCACAACCCCCCCAGUACUAUCAAAGCCAGAAGCCGGCGACACAUUGUCUCUCUACAUAGCCGUCACAUCCUCCGCCGUCAGCAGCGUGCUCAUUCGAGAAGAUCGGGGAGAACAGAAACCAAUCUUUUACACAAGUAAAAGAAUGACCGAGCCAGAGACGAGAUACCCAACACUCGAAAAGAUGGCCUUAGCUGUCGUCACCUCGGCCAGGAAACUGCGACCCUACUUUCAGUCGCACACGAUUGAAGUACUGUCCAACCAACUACUCCGAACGGUUAUGCAGAAUACUAACCAGUCAGGACGGUUGACUAAAUGGGCGAUGGAGCUGAGCGAACAUGACAUCGUGUACAAGAAUCGCACAGCAGCAAAGUCACAGGUCCUUGCCGACUUCUUGAUCGAGUUAACACCAGAGCUGGAGCAAGACCUCAUCCUACCAAGUUUAAACUGGAUCCUACACGUCGACGGUUCAUCCACGAGUAAAGGGUCGGGGGCAGGAGUGCAACUGCAAUCACCAACAGGAGAACUCAUCCGACAAUCAUUCAGCUUUGGUUUUGCGGCGUCAAACAACGAAGCUGAGUACGAAUCCCUCAUCGCAGCGCUCCGUCUCGCCAAGGCAGUGAAAGCCAAAGGAAUCAGCGCUUACUGCGACUCUCAACUUGUCGUAAGCCAGUACCUCGCCGAUUACGACGUCCUCAACGAAAGGAUGGACGCCUACCUCAAACUCGUUUCUCGCGGAGAAAAUGUAUGUGCCGACGCCCUCGCUGCUCUAGGAAGCAAGCUACACGAUCAGGUCAAGAGGACAAUCCCAAUCCAUAAAAUCGAGAAACCGAGCAUCGAUACGAAGGCGGAACAGACUGCGAUCGCAGCAGCGAUUAGCGAAGCGAUGGACAUCGACGAAGCAGAACCUCCUUCGCAGGAUGAUCAGCCAACAGAUUGGCGCAAGGAACUCAAUGAUUACCUCGCUGAAGGUUUAUUGCCCACCGAGAAAUGGGACGCGCGGCGACUGAAGCGACGUAGCACACACUACGUUGUCAUGGACGGGGAACUACACCGAUGGACCGCGACGAAGGUGCUACUCAAAUGUAUCUCCGGCGAAGAAAUGAGACUAGUCAUGGCCGAAACACAUGAAGGAGCAGCAGGCAAUCACUCGGGCGGACGAGCUCUCGCAUUAAAAGUAAAGAAUCUCGGAUUCUACUGGCCAACCAUGAACGCCGACUGCGAUACAUACGUGCGCAAGUGCGACAAAUGCCAGCGUCAUGCUUCCACCUUACACAGCCCAACGGGGUUCCUUCAUUCCCUAACUGCUCCAUACCCAUUCAUGCGAUGGGGAAUGGACAUCAUCGGUCCGAUGCCGGCAUCUCGCCAAAAGAAGUUCAUCCUGGUCCUCACAGAUUACUUCACCAAAUGGGUUGAAGCCGAAGCCUAA